UAGAUGUAUUCUUUAUGCUCUGGAAAAAGCAGUCGAGCUGUAUAGUUUCGGCAGAUCCGGCUUUGAAUCAAAGUGAAACGAAAUUGUCUUAAUUUAUUCAGUGGUUUCGCGUUAUUUAUAAAACAUUUUUUUGGUUAAUGUUAUCUCUUGUGAAUUUAUAAAUGUUGAUUGUAUUAUGUGUCAUAUAUUUAGAUUUGGAUGAGCAGUGGAAUGCGAAUGUCUGACAAAUUCUGCAGUUUAUGUAUAGUGUUAGCAAAAGGAUGAAAUUUUCGUUGUAUAUAUUUUAGUUUUCGUUAAAAACAAAACAUCGUUUGAGACACAAACACAAUCUUAAAACCUGAAGCGACGGAUAUCUACAAGUACUAAAAUCUUCCACCUCUAUGUGAUUGUUACACGUUUGUGGUUUUUAUGUUAAAGAAGAAAUAAAGAGAAGCAAAUAAUAAAGAAAGAAAAUUCUGUGAAAUAACAACUGAGAGUGUCGAGCUUGGAAACGUGAUAAAGAGAGAAAAUAUCUUUCAUUCCAGAGCUGUUUCAUGCAGACUUGCUUUACGGGAAGAAACAGUGAACGGACUAGCAGAAAAUCAACUCAGUGACUUGUUUCGUUAAUCAAAACUCCUCCAUUCAGUCCGUUUGUCGAUUGUACGAGGAAGAAACGACAGCAGUAAUAUUAAUAACAACAACGCGGUUCAAGUUGGAACACUUGCCUUCAUUUGGAUUUCCUUUCGGUUGAAAAUCGAAGUACACCUCCACUACCGGCGAGAAGAUGGCAGAUGAUUUGCGAGAUCGUAACGAUCCGGAGUUGAAGUACCUUUCGGUCGAACGAAACUCCUUCAACGAUCCGGCCACGCAAGCCGAGUGGACACAGAAGCGGCUGGUUUGGGUGCCGCACGAAACACAGGGUUUUGUUGCUGCUAGCAUCAAGGGAGAGCGAGGUGAUGAGGUGGAAGUGGAGCUUGCCGAAACGGGCAAACGCAUCCUUGUGCUCAAGGAUGACAUUCAAAAAAUGAACCCGCCAAAAUUCGACAAGGUCGAGGAUAUGGCCGAGCUCACUUGUCUAAACGAAGCGUCCGUGCUGCACAACAUCAAGGAUCGAUACUACUCCGGACUAAUCUAUACAUACUCCGGUCUGUUCUGUGUAGUGGUCAACCCGUACAAAAAAUUACCCAUCUACACUGAGAAGAUUAUGGAGAAGUAUAAAGGCAUCAAACGGCAUGAGGUGCCGCCACAUGUAUUUGCCAUCACAGAUACCGCAUACAGAUCGAUGUUGCAAGAUCGAGAAGACCAGUCGAUCCUGUGUACCGGUGAAUCGGGAGCGGGCAAGACGGAAAAUACAAAAAAAGUGAUACAGUAUUUAGCGUACGUGGCUGCAUCCAAACCGAAGGGAUCAGUAGCGGCACCGUCACCAGCACUUAUUAUCGGUGGUCACUCAUCAAGCCUAUCGGGAGAACUAGAGCAGCAACUGUUGCAAGCUAAUCCGAUCCUGGAAGCCUUCGGUAAUGCUAAAACCGUUAAAAACGACAACUCCUCACGAUUCGGUAAAUUCAUUCGGAUAAACUUCGACGCCUCCGGUUACAUUUCCGGUGCAAAUAUCGAGACGUACUUGCUGGAGAAAUCCCGUGCCAUUCGCCAAGCGAAAGAUGAACGUACAUUCCAUAUAUUCUACCAGCUGCUUGCGGGAGCUUCGCCCGAGCAGCGGGACAAAUUCAUUCUGGAUGAUAUGAAAACAUAUCCUUUCCUGUCCAACGGAAACCUGCCGGUACCCGGUGUGGACGAUCACAUGGAAUUCCAGGCCACCGUCAAGAGCAUGCACAUAAUGGGCAUGACAGAGGAAGAUUUCAACUCGAUUUUCCGUAUCGUCAGUGCGGUGCUAUUGUUCGGCUCGAUGAAAUUCAAACAGGAGCGCAGUUCCGAUCAAGCCACUCUGCCGGAUAACACUGUCGCACAAAAGAUCGCUCACCUACUGGGACUGAGUGUUACGGAUAUGACAAAAGCAUUCCUGACGCCACGAAUUAAGGUGGGCCGGGACUUUGUCACCAAGGCACAAACCAAGGAGCAAGUCGAGUUCGCAGUAGAAGCCAUCGCCAAAGCAUGUUACGAAAAGAUGUUCAAGUGGCUCGUUAAUCGAAUCAACCGAUCGCUGGAUCGAACGAAACGACAGGGAGCUUCAUUCAUCGGUAUUCUCGAUAUGGCAGGUUUUGAAAUUUUCGAACUGAACUCGUUCGAACAGUUGUGCAUCAACUACACGAAUGAAAAGUUACAGCAGUUGUUUAAUCACACUAUGUUCAUACUUGAACAAGAGGAAUACCAGAGAGAAGGUAUUGAGUGGAAGUUUAUCGAUUUCGGGCUUGAUCUACAACCUACGAUUGAUCUUAUCGAUAAACCCGGUGGCAUAAUGGCGCUGCUGGACGAAGAAUGCUGGUUCCCGAAGGCAACAGAUAAAACAUUCGUCGAGAAGUUAGCCACAGCUCACACGAUGCAUCCCAAAUUUAUGAAAACCGACUUCCGCGGGGUUGCCGAUUUUGCCGUCGUACACUAUGCUGGCAAAGUUGACUAUUCAGCUACCAAGUGGUUGAUGAAGAAUAUGGAUCCAUUGAAUGAGAAUAUCGUAUCACUUUUGCAAGGAUCCCAAGAUCCAUUUGUUGUUCAAAUUUGGAAAGAUGCCGAAAUUGUAGGAAUGGCCCAGCAGGCUCUUACUGAUACCCAAUUUGGCGCCAGGACACGUAAGGGCAUGUUCCGAACUGUGUCUCAUCUGUAUAAGGAACAACUAGCCAAACUAAUGGAUACGCUUCGUAACACCAAUCCUAACUUUGUUCGGUGUAUCAUUCCAAAUCAUGAAAAGCGAGCUGGAAAAAUCGACGCUCCUCUUGUUUUGGAUCAGCUCAGGUGUAACGGUGUCCUCGAAGGAAUUCGUAUUUGUCGACAAGGUUUUCCAAAUCGCAUUCCCUUUCAAGAGUUCCGUCAGCGCUACGAAUUGCUCACUCCAAAUGUCAUCCCUAAAGGCUUCAUGGACGGAAAGAGGGCUUGCGAGCAAAUGAUCAAGGCUCUCGAACUCGACAACAAUCUGUAUCGGAUAGGACAGUCGAAGAUAUUCUUCCGCGCCGGAGUACUUGCUCAUCUUGAGGAGGAGCGUGAUUACAAAAUCACAGAUUUAAUUGUCAACUUCCAAGCAUAUUGCCGUGGCUUCCUAGCGCGUCGCAACUACCAGAAACGUUUACAACAGCUGAACGCCAUUCGUAUCAUUCAGAGAAACUGCGCUGCAUAUCUGAAACUCCGCAACUGGCAGUGGUGGAGAUUAUACACUAAAGUUAAACCACUGCUCGAAGUUACCAAACAGGAGGAGAAACUAGUGCAAAAAGAAGAUGAAUUACGCCAGAUUCGUGAUAAAUUAGAUAACUUAUCGAAGAGCUCGCAAGAAUACGAGAAGAAAUUCCAACAAGCUCUUGAGGAAAAAACUCAUUUAGCAGAACAACUUCAAGCCGAGAUCGAACUGUGUGCUGAAGCAGAAGAAGGCCGAGCUCGCUUAGCUGCGCGUAAACAAGAAUUAGAAGAGCUGAUGCAGGAUCUAGAAGCACGUAUUGAAGAAGAGGAAGAACGCGUUAAUGCCUUAACUAGCGAAAAAAAGAAACUACAAAUCAAUAUUCAAGAUUUGGAGGAACAGCUGGAGGAAGAGGAAGCCGCUCGUCAAAAACUGCAACUUGAAAAAGUUCAAUUGGAUGGUAAACUGAAAAAGAUGGAGGAAGACAUUGCCUUAACGGAAGAUCAGAAUCAAAAGCUUCUUAAAGAGAAGAAACUUCUGGAAGAACGCGCCAACGACUUAUCCCAGACUCUCGCCGAAGAAGAAGAGAAAGCCAAACAUCUCUCCAAACUAAAAGCGAAACACGAAUCUACCAUUGCUGAACUGGAAGAACGCCUGCUCAAAGAUCAUCAGCAGCGUCAAGAAUCGGAUAGGUCGAAACGAAAAAUCGAAACCGAGGUCGCCGAUCUCAAGGAGCAGAUAAACGAGCGUGCAAUGCAAAUAGAAGAAAUGCGCCAACAACUGUUCAAGCGUGAGGAAGAACUGGCCCAGACCUUAGUGCGUGUAGAUGAAGAAUCCGCAGCAAAGGCCGCGGCCCAGAAGAUUCAGCGUGAGCUGGAAUCACAGUUGGCAGAGAUACAGGAGGACUUGGAAGCGGAAAAGCUUGCUCGCUCCAAGGCUGAAAAGCAGAAACGCGAUUUAAAUGAAGAACUGGAAGCCCUCAAAAAUGAACUGCUGGAUUCGUUAGAUACUACGGCCGCUCAACAAGAGUUACGCUCUAAGCGUGAGCAAGAAGUUGCCACUCUAAAGAAAACUUUAGAAGAUGAAGCUGCUAAUCACGAAGGACAAAUGUCCGACACACGCCAUAAACACGCUCAGGAGCUCUCUUCAAUCAACGAACAGUUGGAGAAUCUGAAGAAGCUGAAGGCUAGCUUGGAAAAGGCGAAGCAAACCUUGGAGGCAGAGAACGCUGAUUUGGCUACCGACCUGAGAAACGUAAACCAGUCGCGACAGGAAAACGAUCGUCGUCGGAAACAAGCGGAAUCGCAGGUUGCCGAAUUGCAGGUUAAACUGGCCGAAGUAGAACGUGCACGUGUCGAACUGCAAGAGAAAGUGAGCAAGCUGCAGCAAGAGACUGAUGUUAUAACCCAGCAGUUGGACACGGCCGAGCUCAAAGCCUCUGCGGCCAUGAAAAGUGCUACUAAUAUGGAGAGUCAGCUAACGGAAGCCCAACAGCUAUUGGAGGAGGAGACCCGCCAGAAGUUGGCUCUUAGUUCAAAACUGCGACAGCUGGAGAGCGAAAAAGAGGCACUUCAGGAGCAGUUAGAAGAGGAUGAAGAGGCAAAGAAAAACUAUGAGAAGAAGUUGGCUGAAUUGAAUUUCACUAUUCAGGACAUGAAAAAACGUUCGGAGGAAGAGUCUGACCUUGCCAAGGAACUGGAAGAAUCCAAGAAAAAAAUGAACAAAGACCUCGAAGUUUUACAACGGCAGAUCCAGGAACUACAAGCAACAAAUGAUCGCUUGGACAAAAGUAAAAAGAAGAUCCAGUCGGAGCUGGAAGAUGCUACAAUCGAGUUGGAAACUCAGCGGACCAAGGUACUUGAACUGGAAAAGAAGCAGAAGAACUUUGAUAAGGUGUUGGCCGAAGAAAAAGCAGUUAGCGAACAGCAUGCCCAGGAACGCGAUGCAGCCGAACGGGAAGCUCGUGAGAAGGAAACAAAGGUUCUUUCACUGACUAGGGAAUUGGAUGAGGCAUAUGAAAAGAUUGAUGAUCUGGAAGUCAAACGCAAAGCCCUUCAGAAUGAGCUGGAUGAGUUGGCUAAUACACAAGGUACAGCCGACAAGAAUGUUCAUGAGCUAGAAAAAGCUAAGCGUGCGUUAGAGAGUCAGCUAGCUGAAUUGAAGGCACAAAACGAAGAACUGGAAGAUGAUCUACAGCUCACAGAAGACGCUAAACUACGGCUAGAAGUCAACAUGCAAGCUCUUCGUACUCAGUUUGAACGAGAUGUACAGGCGAAGGAAGAACAGUCGGAAGAGAAACGCCGCGGCUUGGUAAAAGCUCUUCGAGACUUGGAAGCUGAGUUGGACGAAGAACGCAAACAACGAGCGGCGGCGGGUGCAGCUAAAAAGAAGCUUGAAGGCGACCUUAAGGAUAUCGAGGCGACUCUAGAAAUGAACAACAAAAUCAAAGAAGAUGCACUGAAACAGGCUAAGAAACUACAAGUUCAAGUAAAAGAUGCCAUCCGGGAUGCAGAGGAAGCUAAAGCUGCAAAGGAGGAGCUAGCCGCUGUCAGUAAAGAAUCAGAGCGCAAGGUUAAGGCUUUGGAAGCAGAAGUCAUGCAGCUUUCGGAAGACUUUGCUAGUUCGGAACGUGCCAGGCGAGCGGCGGAAGCCGAGCGCGAUGAACUUUUGGAAGAAAUUAAUUCUAACUCGAACAAGGGUUCACUGAUGAUCGACGAAAAACGGCGACUCGAACUUCGAAUCGCUGGUCUUGAAGAGGAACUAGAAGACGAACAGUCUCAGAACGAACUGCACGUCGAUCGGCUUCGUAAGGCGCAACUACAGAUCGAACAACUUUCCACCGAACUGCAGGCUGAAAAAUCGAACUCGCAGAAAUACGAGAAUGUUAAAACAGGCCUCGAACGACAGAACAAGGAACUUAGAGCCAAACUAUCCGAGCUCGAGACUGCACAGCGCACGAAGGUGAAAGCUGCCAUGGCAAGCUUGGAGGGUAAAAUCGCCAACCUUGAAGAACAACUGGAAAAUGAGGCCAAGGAAAGACUCACAGUUCAGAAGGCCAACCGUAAGCUUGAAAAGAAGAUUAAGGAGCUAACGAUGAACAUUGAAGAUGAGCGGCGACACGCUGAUCAGUACAAAGAGCAGAUCGAAAAGAUGAACAACCGCAUGAAGAUUCUGAAGCGAAACUUAGACGAAGCGGAAGAAGAAAUUCAGAAAGAAAAGACCCAAAAACGCAAGGCGCUUCGUGACUACGAAGACAUGAUCGAGAGCCAUGAUGCGCUUUCGCGUGAAGUUAAUUCGCUCAAGACAAAAAUCAGACGCGGCGGCAUCGGUGUAAGUUCAUCCAGGUUAACAACACCGAAGCGCGAGAAUGACUCCAUUGUCCAGGAUGAAUCACUCGAUGGCGAAGACAACAGUAACUGACCGACGAUCAAGUCUUCCAGGUAUCUAUCCAACUAUUAUUAGUGGUCAACAGGGGAAUACAUGAGUACAGAGUUGAACGAAUCAUUUUUGGAAUUGUUUUAGUCAGAAUAGGCCAGCCGUCAAGCAAACAGCAUUAGAAACGCGCGAAUCGAGCGAACGAGAACGAGUGUCGUUUUUAUCUAAAAAAUCAGUAAAAUCAACUGAAACCCCGUACGUGGAUGUUAAUGGUUAAAUGUUGAUGACGCGAAAAAAAACAUCAUUGUUGUAAUAAAACUUUUCUAUGCUUCUCAUUCAAGUUACUUACGAAAAAGAAAGCAGAGCAGAGAAAAGUUUUCCCCUAUUUGCAUAUAUUUAGAAGCAAGAUAUGAAAUAGCAGUGGGAUUGAUACACUCCCUGAAGAGUCAGUUGGAAAGCGCAGCGAACCAUGUUUACUUAGUAAGAGAAUAACAAUUUCCAGAAUAAAAAAAAGAAAACUAAUUAAAAAACAGGAAUUCAACAAAUAAGCCAACUCCAACUAUCAGUUCACAAACAACCCAACAGCAUGUAUCAAAUUUACGUUCAUUGAGCCACAAACACACGAAGCAAUGUUAGUAUUCGAUUAAACCAGAAUUAAAGCUGAGAAGAAACGGUCGACGAGUAGGACUAAAAUAAAUACAUUUUUAGCAAAGUAGAAUGGAUGCAGGAUGUUUUAUACUAUCAAAAUGCGAGAGAAAAAAUCAUAACAAGCAAACUGCGCAGCAUUUAGAUUCGUUUAUAUAUGUUACGAAAAUUUAUUGUUUUUAAUGAAUAUUAUCAAAAAAUUCAUUCUUCACUUUUUGUCUUAAAUAUGAUUAAGUUUCAACAUAUCUUUUCCAAUCUCGUUUGAUUCCGUAAAAAAACAACAUACACAUUAAAAACGUACGCCACAUUUCAAGAGAAUAAUUCCAUUUUUGCGUUCUUCUGAUCAAACGAAUCAAGCAAGCGGGAAGUAAAAAAAAUCUACUGCUGCCUAUAAGUAAAUUUCGCUUUUUAUUAUUAUAUACUAUUGAUUAACAAGAAGGGAAGUCUCUAGUUGAAAUCAGAACCGUUGAAUAAAAAAAUAUUGCAGAUAAAACACAAAA